UAGGUGUAAAAUUAAGUAGUUUGAUUUCAUUGGUCGAUAGCUUUAAAAUUAGAUUAUCUCGUAGUAUUGUAUUAAAAAUAGUGGAGGUGUAGUUUUAUGCCAGUUAAGGGGAUAGAGAAAAUCCAACGUUAUGGUGUAAUAGACAUGGAUUCAUUACCCCUCAGCCAUCCAACCCCUCAUCGCGAACUCAAUUGCUAAAACUGCCGGUGGAGAAGCUUCAAAGUAAAAUUCAACGCCUUCUCUGGUAUAUAAUUGAACCCCUUCGCCUCUUUGGAUGUGUCCCUCAGAUUCUUCUCUCCUGAAUAUUUAGAAAUAACCUACCAAUUCCUUGUUAACUAUGGCGACGAAAACACCCACCGUAAAACUAGCCUCUGGCUAUGAAAUGCCCCUGGUUGGCUUUGGUAUUUGGAAGGUGCCGAACGAUACCUGCGCUGAUCAAGUCUAUAAUGCUAUCAAGUUAGGCUAUAGACACAUUGAUGGCGCUUGGGACUACACGAACAGCGCCGAGGCCGGUAAGGGUGUACGGAGGGCUAUCGAAGAGGGCAUCGUGAAGCGAGAAGACAUAUUCAUUACCUCCAAGUUAUGGAACAAUUACCACGCUCGCGAACAUGCGUUCGAGAUGGCUAAGCUGGAGAACGAGGCGUGGGGUCUGGGAUACUUGGACCUAUUCUUGAUCCACUUCCCCAUUGCGCUAGAGUUUAUCCCCUUCGACAAGAUCCGCUUUCCCUGCUUCUGGUCUGAUAAGGAGCAGACUAAGGUUACUCCGCUGGCAAAGGUACCAAUCUCAGAGACCUGGAAGGCUCUAGAGGAUAUGGUUCAGACUAAGGAGAACCCAAAUGGCUUCGUCAGGAGUAUCGGUAUAUCAAACUUCCAGCCCCAACUAAUCUACGACCUGCUGUCGUAUGCGAAGAUCCACCCGAGUGUCUUGCAGAUCGAGCACCACCCGUACCUAACGCAGCCCGGCCUUAUCGCCCUAGCGCAAGAAAACAACAUUGCCGUAACUGGUUACUCGACAUUUGGCCCGCAGAGCUUCAUCGAGUUGGGCAAUGCUACGGCCAAGGAAAUUAAGCCUCUAUUCGAGACGGAUGUGGUGAAGAGCGUCGCGGCGAAGCAUGGCAAGUCUCCCGGACAGGUUCUGCUUCGAUGGUGUACUCAGCGCAACAUCAUCGUCAUCCCCAAGUCGAAUAGCGUCGAGCGACUGAAGCAGAACCUCGAGUGCUGCUCCUUCGACCUAAGUGAGGAUGAGAUUAAGCAAAUCUCUUCUCUGAACAUUGACCUGCGAUUCAUCAACCCUGCUGCUCUAGGAAGUAGUAGAAUCUUCGGUUAAAGGUGGUAUAAUACUAGGGGAUAUUUAUUCAUUAGAUGGUUUAGAAACAUUAAAAUAAUAGAUUGCCUAGGUUAAUUCCUUGUUCUUUGCGGGGACGUUAAAUAAUACAUGUGCGUCAUGACGAAAAUAUACAUAAGGUAUGUAGCUUCUGUAGGUAUGUACCUAAUGAAUUGAAAGAACCUUCCACCAACGCGCCAACGCGAGAACAAAAAAAGAAAACGCCACAGCUCUGCACCGCCAUACGGAUCGGUACAGCCACAACCAUGUCCAAUUAUGGAACCUAUUAAUCAAGUGCCUGAAUGCGCGUCAC